CCAGCCGCCGGCUGCUGCUCGGCCUCGCGUGUCCUGCGGGCCGCUCCUCGCCGCCAGACCCCUCCGAAGGGCUCCUCCAGCACAAGGGGAUGCUCGGCAAUGAUCUAAAGGUGAAAAUGAGAAGGUUUCCACCCCUCAAACCUUGGCCACUUUUCUGACGGCAGUCUGAGAGCUCAGAUGUCUUCUUUACUCUGGAAACAGGAUUUGUAACGAAAAAGAGAUUUUUUUUGCUUCUUUUUUUUUUCUACUUUUAAUCCUGAUAAAGAAGAUUAUUGGGAAGCUAUAAAAGAAAUCCCUUAUUGUGGUACAGAUGGAUUUUAAAAAGUAUUAGAUCUUUCCGAUGAACACUACUAGAGUGCCCUGCUCUUGGUUGGAUUACUCAGAGAAUGGCAGUGGUCUCUGCAAUGUCCUGGGUCCUGUAUUUGUGGAUAAGUGCCUGUGCAAUGCUGCUCUGUCAGGGGUCCCUCCAUCACACUUUCCAGCAGCAUCACCUGCACAGACCAGAAGGAGGAACGUGUGAAGUUAUAGCAGCACACAGAUGCUGUAAUAAGAAUCGAAUUGAGGAAAGAUCACAAACAGUAAAAUGCUCCUGUCUACCUGGGAAAGUGGCUGGGACUACAAGAAACAGACCUUCCUGUGUUGAUGCUUCUAUAGUGAUUGGGAAGUGGUGGUGUGAGAUGGAGCCCUGCCUAGAAGGAGAGGAAUGUAAGACAUUGCCUGAUAAUUCUGGAUGGUUGUGUGCAACUGGCAAUAAAAUCAAGACCACCAGAAUCCACCCAAGGACUUAACAGAGCGCCCACGUCUGCACGGAGACAGUGAAAGCCCUGCUGAUUUAUGAGGACAAAGUAUUGAAAGUUUAAAACCAUCUCAGCAUUUCCAAGCCAAAUGGAUUUCUUAUUUGCACUUUGACUGUUUACCAGACAACAACAGUGGCUUUACUGUGUGAAAGAAAGGAUUCGGUGGAAAUAAUGGCCCUGAUUUUUGACAGCUGAAAAUAAAAAAUGAAGAAAGUGAUUCCUUUGCUAAAGUUUCUGAGAUUGCAAAGUACAAGCAACAGUAUAAGUUUGGAUCUACAAUUUACUUUAUACCAGUUAAAGUAUAUAUAUAUAUAUAGAAAUAUAUAUAUAUUAAUAUAUGAUAUUUUGAAAUAAAAGCCUCACUCUUCAAGAAAUUGAAUAGUACCACACUUUGCUCCAGCUGCUGUAUUUUUUUUUUCCUUUUUUGCAAUGGUCUGGAAGUUCCCUACCUGUUUGA